AUGGCGAAAGGGACAUUUAAAGAUGCCAAAUUGGAAAAUGGAGCAUUUGAAGAAGAUUAUCCAAAUAAUUUAACUUGGUCUUUAAAUGCUGCUCCAAUAGCGGGUUCUCAGCAAGCCGGAAAUGGUGAUGUCGGAUUAGAUAGCCAAGGCCAAAAAUGUUGGAGCAAAGGCACCACUUGCACUCCAUCAGCAACCACAAACUGGGACGGCAAAUAA